AAUGCUAACUUGAUCUACCCUCCCCUCCCUAGUGACUAUCUUUGCAGUUAGAAACAAAAUGGCGUCUCGUAGGCUUUUCCAAAUUUCUCGAGGUAUUCUUGGAUUGCGAACUGCAUCUUUGGCUCAACCUCAAUAUGCUCGUGCUUUUUGCUCAGCCCAAAAGCCAUUUGAACACAUAAUAACUGAAGUACGAGGCGAUAAAAAGAAUGUAGGGUUCAUCCAACUGAACAGGCCUAAAGCACUGAAUGCUCUCUGUGAUGCCCUAAUGUUUGAAUUGAGCGAUGCGUUGGACGCUUUUGAGAAGGAUGAGAAUAUUGGAGCUGUUUUGCUGACUGGUAGUGAAAAGGCUUUUGCCGCUGGUGCAGAUAUCAAAGAGAUGCAGCCAUUGACAUACCAGAAGUGUUUGUCUGGUGACUUUCUUGGACACUGGACAAGGGUAGCAAAAUGUCGCAAGCCAGUUAUUGCAGCUGUUAAUGGCUAUGCUUUAGGUGGAGGAUGUGAGCUUGCUAUGAUGUGCGACAUAAUCUAUGCUGGCGAGAAGGCCAAGUUUGGACAACCAGAAAUCCUACUUGGUACAAUUCCAGGUGCUGGAGGUACUCAGAGACUUGCAAAGGCUGUAGGGAAAUCUCUUGCCAUGGAAAUGGUUCUAACCGGAAACCCUAUUGAUGCAAAUAGAGCCCUUCAAUCAGGACUUGUGAGUGCAGUGUUCCCUGUUGAUGAACUCGUAAACAAGGCACAAAAGACAGCAGAAAAGAUAGCUGGGUUAUCAAAACUCAGUGUUGGAAUUGCCAAAGAAACUAUUAACGCAGGUUAUGAGAUGCCUCUUCAAGAAGGAUUACAUUUUGAAAAGAGAAUGUUCCAUUCAACAUUUUCUUUGGAUGACAGAAAAGAAGGAAUGUCAGCAUUUGUGGAGAAAAGAAAGGCCAAUUUCACUGAUAACUAAAUGUCAGUUCCUACAGGAAAUUAAUAUAAAGAAAACAAACAGACCAGUUAGACCAAAGCUGAAAUUUUGUAAGACCUUAGCGAACAUGUUAUGCAACUUUUUUCAUAAUCAUUGAUAUAUUGCAGGAGUUUUAAGUCUAAAUUCGAUUAACACAGGGGUAAAUUGUAUGGAGUGUUAUCUUGUAAAAUGACUGAAAAACAUAAUUGGGCAUGACAAUGGUUAACUUACUGUUGGUUCACUCUUGUUUUGAAUAAAAAAUCCAUGUGGAUUCUUAUUAGCCAUAAGUAGAAUGGAUAAUAUUAUUCAUCAUGGAAUUUAAAUAUUA